AUGAGUCAAAAUGCAGACCUGAGCAUUGCUGUUGUAAUGGUCAAUAAUGCAACAAACUCAUCCCCUGACAUGAAUACACUAUAUUGCCAAACCCCUCCAAAUUAUUGGAUUCAGGUGUUCCAAUCACCUCCAUGGCCACAAGUGUAUAAAAUCAAACACCUAGGCAUGCAGACUGCUUCUACAAACAUUUGUGAAAGAAUGGGUCGCUCUCAGGAACUUGGUGAAUUCAAGCGUGGUACCGUGAUAGUUUGCCAUCUGUGCAAUAAGUCCAUCCAUGACAUUUCCUUGCUACUAAAUAUUCCACAGUCAACUGUUAGUGGUAUUAUAAGAAAGUGGAAGCAACUGGGAACAACAGCAACUCAGCCAUGAAGUGGUAGGCCAUGUAAAAUGACAGAGGGGGGAAUGAAGAGCACAGUGCGCAGAAGUCACCAACUGUCUGCAGAGUCAAUAGCUAAAGACCUCCAAACUUUAUGUGGCCUUCAGAUUAGCACAACAACAGUGCAUAGAGAGCUUCAUGGAUUGGGUUUACAUGGCCAAGCAGUUGCAUCCAAGCUUUACAUCACCAAGUGCAAUGUAAAAUAUUGUAUUUAGUGG